AAGGCACUGACUUUUAGCAGACGGCAGUCCAGACCGUUGAGGGAACAACAGAAGUUGUGGUUAAUUGUUAAGUUAAAUUUUGUCACAAUGUCUUUCAAAAAGGACCUACACCUUCUUCUACGACCUUACUAUUGGGUCAAUAUUCUGUUGAGUCUCUCAUAUGUUACUGCGAAAAAGCUCCCUUUCUUUUGCACCCUCGUAUUUCCUGCAGCUGAAUGUGAACUAGAUUCCAGGGAGUCAGAAAUCCUCUUCUUUCUGAUGAUUGUUGUGAUGCUGAGGACAAGAAAAGCUGGCAGUGUUACGAUGAUAAAUUAUUUGUCGGCUAGCUUCAUCUACGCCAAGGUGGCUAAUGUCAUUUUGUGGUUCUAUGCUGAUAUUCGCCUGGGUAUUGGUUACUCGGUUGUGUUUGUUUUAUGCUCAUUGAUUCUGCCCGAACCGACUUACUCCGGUCCAGAGAGCAUUACUUAUUUCCGCACUGUGGCUGGACUUGAGGAAGAACUGGAGAGUGACAAACGCGUGACAUGGAUUAUUGCCUUCUAUACUGCAUGGAACCCAGCAUGUGUCAACUUUGCUCCUGUGUUUGCUCAAAUUUCCCACGAGUAUCAUUUGGACAAUUUGAAGUUUGGCAAAAUUGACAUUGGGCGCUAUCCAGAUGCUGCCUCAAAAUAUAGGAUUCAUGACGGUGCCACCUCACAACAGCUUCCUACUGUCAUUCUUUUUACUGAAGGAAAGGAGUCUCUUCGGCGCCCUACCUUUGACAACAGCAAUAAACUUGUUCGCUUCUUUUUCACUGAGGACAACAUCAAGCUUGCCUUUGAUCUUAACAAUCUGUACCAACAAUGUAAAGCGAACCCCUUAAAGAAGAAGCUGGAGGCCAAGAAAGGAACUGGACACCACAAGACUGAUUGAAAUCUUCUUUACUGUUUGUCCAUCGAAGAUAGGUUUCUCAUCCCCUUCCUGGCAUGAUUAGAAGGACAUGAGUAUGCCAACUUUUUUACUUCAUAAAAAUUUUGUGUCCCUUUGACUCUGGCACAUGACAUUCCUCUUAGCUGUCCAAUUUCUAACCAUUUUUGUAAAUUUUUACUGAGAAUAACAACACCAAAAAACACUGCCAGUUACAUUUUUUACAUAAAACUUGUGAUAUUAUUGCUGGCAACAAAUAAAUUUUGUGUGUUUUUGUGAGGAGAGGGGCCCUUUCUCUCAUGGUGUCUUCUAAAUAUUAUAAAAGCAUGUCUGGUGAAAAAAUUUCAUCUUCAGAUGCACCUUUUGAAUAUUCUUUUUUCCCCUUGGAAUCAAAGUGUAUGUUCACUUCUGUAAGACAAAGGCCUGGCUGAUAUUUAAUAGUAUGUUCAUACACCAUCUUGGGAGUUGGCACAAAGUCAUAAUAUCAAUGAAUCUCAGGUAGCAAGCUAGAUGAAUGCAACAUUGUCAGGUACUAAGAUAUGUAGCAGUAUUACAGGUUGUUUUGUUCCCUAAAAUAUAGGUAGAAGCAGUGAAGGAAUAGUUCCAACAAUUCCUAGAUUGGUCUCCUAUGAUGGACAUUAAAUCUCUGAUAGUUGAUAUAUGAAAAUAUGGGAUGUAUCUGUGAAGUAUGAAGCAUUGGUAUUCUUGUCUGGUUUCUUGAUUUUCUCAGAAAAACCAUGUUUGUGAUGUUUCUUUUGCAUUUACUCAUUAGUCAACGGUUGUGUUGAAAACACUGCCAUAAUUCAAUUACUGGUCAUUUUCGCUUUUGCUUAAGUAGUUACUGUGGUUAUUGUUUUGUGCGUAAGUUUUAGAUUUGUAUUGAAUUUGUACAUUUGCAUGGUUUUAGUAAAAGACUUUAGGGUAACACGUUAUUAUUGUUGCGACAUUGAUCUUUGAGACUUUCAUAAUGUUCGCUUUUAUGUAAUAGUUACCAUGAAAAAAUGAAUUUUAUUUGUGUGAAUAAAAUAAUUUGUGAAAA